AUACGUUUGGUAAGCUUUAUACUCUCAUAUGCACGAGCGCCUGCCUGAAUUUAGGCAACUCAGCGAAGGCUUUUGGCAUACCACGCUCGUUUCUGGGUUUGAGAGCUUGUAUAGUCAUCAUUUGAUACGUACAUACUGCAUGCACGUUUGACAUUGCGCGGCGAGCAGAGAGCAGCCGCCGCCCCAAUCGCCGACCGCCGAAGGACGGCACAUAGCCCGUCCGCGCGGAGGGAAUUAUGGCGGACGGCGCUGAGGACCCUCGGCGGGGGCCGCUAGACACGGGCACGGAACGCUACCAAAAGCUCAAGCAGACGCAAGUGCCGCGCGAUGAGCAGGAGGUGCCGCUCGAGUACCAAAAACUGGUAGAGCCGCACGUCGCGUCUUUCAACUACUUCAUCGGCGAGGGUUUGCAGAAUGUCGUGGAGAGCCUGCAGCCCGUCGAGGUGACGCACCCCACCACGGGCCUGGUCACGCGCAUCUGGCUCAGCGACGUGCGCGUGGAGAAGCCGGUGCGGGACGACGUGGUGGGGCUGCGGCUGGGCGGCGGCGGCGGCGGCGCCUCGGUGGCCAACAGCCGCAUCAUGCCGCGCGACUGCAGAGAGGGGGGCACCAGCUACAAGGGCAACCUGAUGGCCACGUUCAACUGGUGUGAGGGCGACGGCGAGCGCUGCUGCAUCGACAGGAAGCUGGGCGGUUUGCCGAUUAUGGUUCGCUCCGACGCCUGCAACCUGUCCGGCAUGAGUCGUGCCGAGCUGGUGGCUGCCAAGGAGGAGGCAAACGAGAUGGGCGGCUACUUCAUCUGCAACGGCAUAGAGCGCAUCAUCCGCUGCCUGGUGGCUCAGCGGCGGCACUACAUCAUGGCUCUACGCCGCGGCGCCUACCACAAGCGUGGAGCCAACUACACGGACGCAGCCACACUCAUCCGCUGCGUGCGCCCCGACCAGUCUAGCGCCACGGUGCGCUGCCACUACCUCACAGACGGCACCGUGAACUUCGCGUUCACCAUGCGGCGUGCCGAGUACUUCAUCCCCGCGGGCGUGCUGCUCAAGUGCUUCCUGGAGGUCAGUGACCGGGAGCUGUACGGCAAGUUGGUGUCGGGCAGUGCCCCGGGCGGCGGCGCGGCGGCGUUCGCGGCGGAGCGGGCGGAGCUGCUGCUGCGGCAGGCGGACCGACACGACCUGCGCACCAAGACGCAGUGUAUCGAGUACCUGGGCCGUCACUUCCGAGUGGUGUUGGAACAGCCCCCGUCAGCCACCGACUACGAGGUGGGCGAGGCUCUCCUGGCCGAGUACGUGUUCAUCCACCUGGACCCAGCCCGCCCCGCCGACAAGCUCAACCUGCUGGUGGCCAUGUUGCACAAGCUGUACGCACUGGUGUGCGGCGCAUGCGCGGAGGACAACCCGGACGCACUGACGCAUCACGAGAUCCUGCUGCCGGGCCACCUGCUCCUCAAGUUCAUGAAGGAGAAGCUGGAGGACACGCUGUCCAUCACGCGCGAGCUGAUGAAGAAGGACCUGGAGGCGCGGCCCGGGACCGACGUGGCGUCCGCCGAGUACAUGGCGGGUCUGCUGAAGAAGCUGGGCGACGUGGGCUCCAAGUUCGAGUACCUGCUCAACACAGGCAACCUGGUGUCGCGCUCGGGGCUGGACCUCAGCCAGGCAACCGGGUUCACGGUGGUUGCCGAGAAGCUCAACUUCUUCCGCUACCUGUCCCACUUCCGCUCCGUGCACCGCGGCGCCUACUUCGCCGAGCUGCGCACCACCACUGUGCGCAAACUGCUGCCCGAGUCCUGGGGCUUCAUGUGCCCCGUGCACACGCCCGACGGCGCGCCCUGUGGACUGCUCAACCACUUCACCGCCGCCUGCUCCAUCGUGACGCAGGGCAGCAGCAACGAGGAGCUCACCAGCCUGGGCAUCAUGCAGGUGCUCACAGCGCUGGGCAUGUCCCCCGCCGCGCCCGCGCUGUCGCCGCCGCCGCCGCCCGACUACCUGUGUGUGCAGCUGGACGGUCGGGUGGUGGGGCACGUGCGGAGCGGGGCGGCGGCGGCAGCGCUGGUGGCGCGGCUGAGGGCCAUCAAGGCGUCGGCACUGGAGGCGUACGAGCGCGGCGUGCCCGCCGAGGGCGUGGGUCUGGGCGCGGCUGAGGCUGAGGUGCCGUACCACCUCGAGGUGGUGCACGUGCCGCCGCUGCUGGGCGGCCCCUUCCCCGGCGUGUUCCUGUUCAGCCAGAGCGCGCGCAUGAUCCGGCCCGUGGUGCAGCUGGACAGCUCCAAGCGCGAGAUGCUGGGCAGCCUGGAGCAGUGCUUCAUGUCCAUCCGCUGCCCCGACGGCGGCCACGGCGGCAGCCCCGGCCUGGCCUUCACGCACGCCGAGCUGGGCGCCGGUGCCAUGCUGAGUGUAGUGGCCAGCCUGACGCCCUACAGCGACUUCAACCAGUCGCCGCGCAACAUGUACCAGUGCCAGGUGACGCUGAUCGGCACUGGCGGCGGCCGCGGCGGCGGCGGCGGCGAGCUGCCGCAGCAGGCCAACAUCCGCCUUCGCUUCAACCGCAACCCCAUGAUCGGCGAUAAGUUCGCCAGUCGGCACGGCCAGAAGGGAGUGCUGUCCAUCUUGUGGCCAGACACCGACAUGCCCUUCUGCGCGGCAACCGGCAUCCGGCCCGACCUGAUCAUCAACCCGCACGCCUUCCCCUCGCGCAUGACCAUUGGCAUGUUGGUGGAGAGCCUGGUCAGCAAGGGCGGCGCGCUGGCAGGGCAGUUCGUGGACGCCAGCCCCUUCCAGCGGGCGGACGGCGUGGAGAAGGGCAACGCCACGGAGCGCUGGGGUGCCUACCUGGAGCGGCAGGGCUUCAGCCGCUACGGGCAGGAGACCAUGAUCAGCGGCGUGACGGGGCAGGAGAUGCCCUGCGACAUCUACAUCGGGCCCGUCUACUACCAGCGGCUGAGGCACAUGGUGUCGGACAAGUUCCAGGUCCGCUCCACGGGCCCCAUCAACGCCAUGACGCGUCAGCCCAUCAAGGGCCGCAAGUUCGGCGGCGGCAUCCGCUUCGGCGAGAUGGAGCGCGACUCGCUGCUGGCGCACGGCGCCGCCUACCUCCUGCAUGACCGCCUGCACGCCUGCUCCGACUACCACGUGGCCGACGUGUGCGUCAGCUGCGGCUCGCUGCUGGCGCCGCUGCGCAAACCCGCCGCCAACGCGGACGUGACCUCGAACCUGAUGCUCGGCGGCGGCGGCGGCGAGGGCGGCGGCAAGACGGUGUGCCCGGUGUGCUGUCCCGGCUCCUCCGCCACCAUCGAGCGAGUGGCGCUGCCGUACGUUUUCCGCUUCCUGGCAGCGGAGCUGGCGGCCAUGAACAUCAAGAUGGAGCUGGAGAUCAAGUAGUGGUUGAGAUCAAGUAGUGGCUGGGGGCGAGAUGAGGUGGCGGUUGGGGUGACUGGAGGGGAGGAGGGAAAGGUGGAAGAGGCGGAGGGAGGGGGUGGGAGCAGGAGCAAAGCAUGAGCAGGGGCUCCUGGUUGCCAUCAAUAGAUUAGUUGAGUUCACAAGUUUGGGUAGGCAGGAGAUGUGGUGCACACGAGGGGGUGGGGGUGGGGGUCGCCGGGUCGGGACGGGUUGGCAGCAUGAGUAGGGGGCUUGUCCGACCCUGCAAUGCUGGGCCCCCGGCGAUUACAUGCGGUGGCACGAUCACCCGGGCACGCAUGGUGAGUGGUGGAAUCACGCGCGGCGGGGGUGCGGGCGUGGGUCUGAGGGGAUGUUAGGGGGGUAGUUUACUCCGGUCUCAAGGGGAGGGGCUAGGGGCGUGAGGUGGCCAGGGUCCACGUGCGCUGGGCCAGGUUGCGGAGCGUGCGGGCCGCUGCUGAAGCAGGGAGGACGUGGAUCAUGCACCGUACUGAGAAAGCACGUGCGUUGACGAGCUAGGACGGGCGCGCAUGCGGCAAACCGAUGGAGCGGAGAUGCUAUCGGAGGUCGUGAUUGCUGGUGUGGGCACGCCUGCCUGUGCUACGCGUGCCUGAGUCGGAUUACUCUGCGCUUGGAUGUGGGGUGACCAAGUGCACAAGUCACAAUGAACAAAAACAUUACUCGCACGUCGCAAUUGCGGGCGUGAAUUGGCGGAGUGGCACAGGCGGGGCUGAGAGUUCGUGUGUGUGCACGUGUGCUGUGUGCUGUGUGUGGGGGGCCCUGCUGGGUCGGGGGCCCUGCGUUUGCUGUGCGCGGGCCUGCCUCCUGCAGCCCUGCCCCUUGGCGCCAUGCCACUUGUAAGGGACUGAAGUC